AUGGAUAAUCAGGAUUUUUACAACCUGUUUUCGGGAGUUGGUGCUACUCAAAGUCCGACGAGCAUCAUGCAAAACAUCAACUUAGAAAACGAACUGGGAACCAUGCAGAAGCCGCCAAAGUUGAUGAGUUUAGAUGAGUAUUCGGGAUGGUCCGGGAGAUUCAAAAAUUGGGUGCAGGCCAACCAUCUAGAGUGCUGGAUAAAAAUCGAACGGAAGUAUGUUCCUCCGGUAGAUGGGUUGAAUAUGUUGAAGACCAUCGCAAGUCUUACAGAUGCAGAGCAGAUUGAAUUCAAAGCAGAAAAGAAGAUGGUUAGCAUUCUGCAGCAAGCAAUAAAAGAGGAUAUACUAGUUCUGCUACAACACGAUGAUAGUGCACAGUCGAUAUGGCAAGCUUUAGAACAGAAAUUCAAAGGCAGUGCGUCGAUGAUCAAGAGUAAGAAAGCACUGAUAAAGAAAGAAUUUGAUAUAUUCACGGGAAUUAAAGGUGAAUCGACAAAGAAGCUUAUUGAAAGUUCAGAUUUCGUGAACUAUAGUUUGAGUGUGUUUAUAGAGAAGAUAGAGGCUCAUGAGUUGGAAUUGGUAAAGAUCAAAAAGAUGAACUCAGCAAAUAUGCCACAAGAUGUGUCUUUGUAUUAUAAGAAUAGUCCGGCAACAUCAAAUGUUCAGAGUCCGAAGAUUCAAACCGGGUUUAGUGCAGACAACACUUCAUCUGCUGCUCCAAAUGCCUAUCAAUCGAGUCAGUCGACUCCAUUUGCCAACUACGAGCCGAAUGUCAAAAUCUCAGAGCAAAAUUCUCCUCAAAGUUCUACAGGACAAGCUAUAUAUCAUCGACCAAAUCAACAACCAGCUGUUCAGAGGCCUCAGAUCGAGAAUAAACCAGAGAAGGCGCUUAUUGUAAAUCAAGAUGAUGAAAAAGUUGCUUCUGGGUUUAGUUGGGAUAAGUACGUACCGGGAAAUGAUGAUCAGGCAAUGAUGGCUGAGGUAGUUGAGAUUACCGAGACAGUUGCAGAGUCGAAGAUUAUUGAUGAGGAAGUUACUGAGGUUGCUGAGGAAGUAGUUACUGAGAUGGUAGAUGAAGUUUCUGUAGUGGUGGUUGAAGAAGUUGUUGAGAUUGUUGAUCAAGUGAUUCCGGAGGUUGUUGAAAAGGUUUCUACAGAUAGUUCUGCAAAAGCUGAGGAAUCAGUGACUGAAGUUCUCAACUUUCAAUCACGGCAGGAGGAAUUUGUUUAUACAAUGAAAUCUAUUCUGCCUCCUAAUGUUUUUGAUUCUUUUGCAGAUUAUUUUGAAGAGCCAAGAACUGGAACGUGUCCGAGAUUUGAAGCAGAGAAAGAAGAAGUCGAGGAGAUGAUCGACGUGUCGAAGGAAAUGACUGAAGAAGCUCUAAAAGAGAUUGCAGAUAAAGCGCUGAUGAGCAAGUUAAAAGAGGUAGAUUCAGACAUCCAGGAGUCAGUUGAUAAAGUGUCAGUUCUAGGAGAGGAAAUUGGAGUCCUAGAGGUCAAAGUUGUCAAAUCGUCUGAGUCAGAGUCAAUUCAAGUCGGUAAAGUUGUCUGUGAGGAUAAGAAUGUGUUGGAUGAUGAAAGUGAAAAUUCUGAGAAGGCUAACUCGGUGAAGUCUGUCUGUGAUUCUGAGGAGGAUGGGAAUUUCUUAGAUGGUUACUUGUCGAAAACGGAUAAAACACAAACGCUGAAAGUGGAAACUGUUACUACCUCUUUUGUAGAGUAUGAUAAACGUGUGUGCUAUCGUUGCAAUGAAAUCGGACAUAUGGCUAAACAAUGUCAGAAAGUUUUUAAGAAACCAGUUGUUGGAAAAUCUGUUCAAAAUCAAGUGGUUGAGAAGCCAAAGGUUGAAAAACCUAAGGGGCUGCCCAAGUCUGUUCUUUCGAGGUGGAUAAUGGACAGCGGAGCAUCACGCCACAUGACUGGGUCAUUAGCUCUCUUAUAUGAUGUCAAAGCGAUAAAUGGAAGCUACGUGGGGUUUGUUGGAAACCAAGGUGGCAGAAUUGUCGGCCAGGGAAAGCUUACCAACGGCGUAAUAUCUUUUGACAAAGUGAACUAUAUUGUAGAGUUGACAAACAACUUUUUGAGUAUAUCACAAAUCUGUGAUAAGGAUUUUAGCGUUCAUUUUACAAAAUCAGAGUGUUUGGUUUUAAAGCCAGGGUUUAAAGUCCCUGAUGAGUUGGUGCUGUUGCGCGCUCCGAGGGUUAACGAUCUUUACAUUAGAUAUGAGUGCUGCAACGCCAACAACUCCUCAAAAACAAUGUUUUGUUACAAAAUCAAAAGCUACUGA